CCGUUCUCGUUAGACUAUAGCAUUUCGCUCAUUUCUCGCCAAAGCAUUCCACAAUGUCCCACUGUCUCGAAUUCAUGAUACGCGCAGGCAUCCUUGAAAUCAACAUCCCGGUGGAAUAUCGUCUUUCAGCUAGCUGAAGAUCAUUUGUUAUCACUUUCUCUCAAAUAUACUCUCGCACUUACCUCCAACCGAUACCACCGAUACCAUUCACAAUGAUCGCUUACUGCAAUGCUCCUUCUAGCUCUUCUCGUCCCACCCUCCCCCCGUUGCACACACUUGAUCUUCCCAUCGGAAAAACACAAUUACCACGUAUUCACGAAUUAUAUGACUCUUAUGAAUUCAAUCGUCAGACAUUUUCACGUCUGCGCACACCCACACACCACAGACAACGCCCCACACGUCAGGUGUCCACCUCAUCUUCCUCAUCCUCUCGCACACCCUCCCCCGCACCAUCCACAUCUUCCAACUUCUCCACUUUCUCCUCUUCUACCGCAUGCACCUCCCCUUCCCCUUCUCCGAAAUCUCAACACCCCACCACGAAACUCCGGCUUGUCCCCACAGAUCUUGACUCAGCCGAUGCCGUUGUCGUCGUGUCCCCUGUCUCAAAAACGUCUUCAGAUGGCGCAACCGCCUCUGGUCAGACGGCACUUCUCCUCGUCGGCCCCGCCCUACAGGAACUUCGCCAUCCCCAGCGCCCGCUCGCCCGCGGCUCGCGCAUCCACCCAUAUCGUAUCGUCAAGGGCCCAAGCUCGCGGAGACCGUCAUCCCAUCCAUCUGCUAUGGAAGUAUAAUCACCUGCACUGGAUUGGACUUUAUACAAUUGUUAUGACGAAAAGAAAGAGUAUGUAUUGCUAGCUUUUUAGUGUAUUGUUACUGUUGUUUGUAUUAGCAUCAUAUUUCAUGGAGAGAUAGAAAGUUUCAUUGGCUUACUGGUUUUAUUAUAUUUUAUUACUACGCUAAUGAAAUGUGAAGGAAGGAACUUUUGUAGAUGCAU